UCAUCCAUGAUAUAUAAUUGAAAAGUUGAAGUUUGUGAAGCGACUAUAGCAAAGAUGAUUGUCCCAAGCAUCAAAGAUGACUGCCUCAUGGUCCGGGACAAUGUUGUUCUGUCUCAUGUUCCAAGAAACAUAAGUGUCGCACCAGCUGCCGAUGAGGCUGCUUUCAUUGGAGCCGCUUCUUCAAACUCUAGCUUUCGUCAUGUCUUCUCUUUUGGGGUUCUUGAAUUCAAGCUCUGGUGGAUGAUACCGAGUUUCGGAGAUUCGGGCUGUGAAGUUCCAGCAGAAACUCAAAUGCUCCUCUUGGAAACAAGAGAAAAAUCCACUGUCCAAAAUGGGCUAUCUGAGCCAACAACUGAGAACAGUUUGUACAUUCUGUUAUUAUCAGUCUUGGAUGGACCAUUCAGGGCUAGUUUGCAAGGGAACACUGUAAAUGAGCUUGAAUUUUGCAUCGAAAGCGAUACCAGCACAUGUGGACUGGUUUGGUUGAGCACCUGGGAUGCAUUUUAUCAUAAAGUUGAUCCUGAAGGGAUUGAGAAGGGGCUUAAAAGUCUUUCAGAAGGAGGCUUCCCCACAAAAUUUCUUAUCAUUGAUGAAGGAUGGCAGAACAAAGUAAUGGAAGUUGAAGCUGAAGCUGAUGAGACUGAUUCAUCUUAUCGUGCCGCGUCUGUGGACAGAUUGACUAGCAUAGAAGAAAAUGAUAAGUUCAAGGGCUUCCGGUCAGGAAAGUCAUAUGCUAAUCUCCGUGAGUUUGUAAAGUUCAUCGAAGAGGAAUAUGGACUGAAAUUAGUAUAUGCGUGCCACGCUUUAAUUGGUUCGUGGGGAGGGGUACUUCCAACAUCUGAAGAAAUGAGGAAAUACGACCCCUGGAUCAAACACAUAGUUCAGUCCCCUGGAAACGUGAGUCACGUUAUCUGUACAACCCUUGGCCCCAUGGAGAAAUAUGGGAUUGGCAUGAUUGCCCCCUCAAAUAUUUAUAGGUUUUAUGACGAUCUUCAUAGCUACCUUGCAAGUUGCAAUGUAGAUGGAGUUAAGGUGGAUGUGCAGAAUGUACUGGAACUUCUUGGCUCUUGUUAUGGAGGCCGUGAAGCAUUGAUGAGGCGGUACCAAGAAGCCCUUGAGGCAUCUGUUAUAAGAAACUUCCAUCGCAAUAACCUUAUUUGGGGCAUGAGCCUUAGCAAUGACCACAUUUACAGCUAAAACAGGGUGCAGCUACUAGGAUAUCAGAGGAUUUCAUGCAAAUGGAGCCAACAUUUCAGACCCUACAUGUUGCUGCUGUAGCUUUUAACAGUCUUCUCAUGGGAGAGAUUGCUGUUCCAGAUUGGGACACGUUCUUUAGUGACCAUUACACGGCUGAGUUCCAUGCUGCAGCAAGGGCAUUGGGGGGAUGUCCAGUAUAUGUACAACUCAGGAGGAACCAUUGAAUCUCUACAUUGCAAAAAUGAACUUUCCGAAUGUGUCGUGAAGGUUCGAAUCCGAGGAUGUGGUCGAUUUGGAGCCUACUCCAACAAAAAACCAAGGUCUUGUAUGGUGGACAAGAAAGAGGAGUUUAUAGUCUACAAUGCUAAUAAUGGUUUGUUGCUACUUAAACUUCAUGGGCAAUGCAGUGUAAGAGAGACUGAAAUUGUGUAUUGAGUUUUGCGACUGCAAGUCUGCACCUCCUGAGGGGCUCUAAACUUUGUUUGAAUCAAUUUAAGUGUCGUGUAUUUUACAUAAGCUUUAUCUUUCCAUAUUCUGAUCCAUUAUAUAAAAUUCAGCU